GGGAAACAUUCAAGUUUAUUACAACAAAUUAACUUAGCAUAUCAUGAUUCUCAUGAUGAACUGUAACCUGAAAAAUGUAGAUGUUUGAGAUUCAUUUAUCGCUUAUAAUAAUGAUCGAUAGAUGGAAGCACAUCUACCAAUUGUAUGUGGAGAAUGGAAAACGACACCUGGUGAGUGGAGAAGGAAGUUUCUUUACUUCGGUUGUUGGCUAACAAGUAAUUUUAGUCAAGUAAGUUUAGGUUAAGUGAAAUGUGUCUAACCAUGGAUCUAAAGUAUGUUCAUGUAACAGUGUUUGUGAUAAUCAUAUUGUUUGAAUUUACUUCAUCGACCGCAACCUUUUCUUCACAUGAUGAUAAGCUAUUCAUUGAAAAUGUGAUUGGAGUUGCAGGUGGUAAAGUUUCCUUACCCUGUAACAUAACACCGCCAACUUUGGACGACGCCGUUUCCCUCAUUUUGUGGUACAAAGAUGAGUCGACAACACCAAUUUAUAGUUUGGAUGCUCGUAAAGGCAAACUUGAUCAAGCUCGCCAUGCAUCCAGUGAAAUCCUCAGUUCACGGUCUUAUAUGAACAUUGACCGAAAGCCAGCAACUUUUUCCCUUGAACAACUUCAAGAGGAUGAUGCAGGAGAGUAUCGAUGCCGAGUGGACUUUAAAAAAGAAAGGACAAGAAAUUUUGUCGUCUACCUUAAAAUCUUAGUGCCACCUGAGAAACCUAUUAUUACUGAUUUUAAAUCAGGUGAACCCUUAACCAGUCUUAUAGGACCCUUCAAUGAAGGUGAUAAAUUGACUUUAAACUGUGAAGUUUCCGGUGGCAAGCCUCGUCCCUCAUUAACAUGGUGGAGGGAAUCAGUGCUACUCGAUGAUUCCUAUGAAACACUAGCUUCCGGUAUCAUUCGUAAUACCCUUGAAAUAGCAAGUCUUCAACGGCACGAUUUAAUGGCCGUUUUAAACUGCCAAGCAUCAAAUAAUAACAUAUCUUCACCUCAAGUGUCAAGUGUCACUGUCGACUUGAAUUUUCGCCCUUUGUUGGUCAAAAUUCAAGGCGAUAAUAAAGCCUUUUCUUCAGGCAAACCUGGAGAAGUGACUUGUCAAGCAGCUGGUUCUCGUCCAGCACCGACCAUUACUUGGUGGUUGGGCACAACUCGAUUAAAAAAGACUCGAGAGAAGCACUCAGCUGAUGGUAACAUCACAACAAGCAUAUUAACAUUCAAACCAAGUCCUGAUGACACAGGCAAACACUUGUUCUGUCGAGCUGAGAAUCCAUUAAUACCUGCAAGUGCACUUGAGGAUAGUUGGAAGUUGACCAUUCAUUAUGUUCCUCAAUUAACUCUUCGUUUGGGUAACAAACUUCGCCAUUCUCAUAUUCAAGCCGGAAAUGAUGUUUACUUUGAAUGCAUAAUUCGAGCCAAUCCCAAAGUGACAGAGAUUCGUUGGUGGUUCGAAGGAAAAGAGUUGCACACAAACACAUCUGCGGGUGUAAUUGUUUCCAACCAAUCUUUGGUUCUUCAAAAGGUCCAGCGAUCUCACCGAGGAAGGUACACUUGCACUGCAUUGAAUAGUGAAGGUGAAGGUGAAUCGAAAGCAGUCCAUUUGAGAGUCCAAUUUGCUCCAGUCUGUAAGGAGCGACAAAAGGCAUUGUAUGGAGCAGCGCGAAUGGAAGCGGUCAAGAUUAAGUGUGAUCUCGAAUCUGAUCCACCCGAAGUAAACUUUGCCUGGUCUUUCAACAAUUCAAAUGAAAACAUUGAGUUAACCAACCAUUUAUCUGAAGGUGCCUCUUCCAUAGUUACUUACAUACCUAAAACAGAAUACGAUUAUGGAACUCUCUUCUGUUGGGGAAAAAAUUCAGUUGGAUCUCAAUUGGAACCUUGUAUAUUCACUGUGAUACCCGCUGGUCCACCUGAUCCAUUGAAGAACUGUUCACUUGCAAAUUCGAGUGAAGAUUCACUUCGAGUUGAGUGCACUGAAGGCUAUGAUGGUGGCUUGAUGCAGCACUUUACUCUUGAAGUCUAUGAUUCGUAUUUUCCUGUUGACCUCAAAGCCAACAUUUCAUCGAAUUGGCCUUCAUUCACUGUUAAAGGGCUUCCACCGGGUACAACAUUUACCCUUAAAAUAUAUUCAGUCAACUCAAAGGGCGCCAGUUUACCUGAGACUCUUGUAGCUUCAACCUUGGCUCAACCUGAAUCGGCCAAUCAAACGGGUAAAGGUCAAGUUUGGCAGUUGACGGCUUCUCCGUUCCUUCUCAUUCUCAUCACCAUAGUGACCAUUAUUGUGGUUCUUGCCUUACUCAUAAUAAUGGUACUUAAAAUUUGUCCAUCUUCACCACGAAUCAGGAAAAGUCAACAAACAGUCGCAGAUGAAAAGGAAUCGAAGCUUGGCACACCUUUACGAAAACCUGAAGAAACGUUCGACGUUUGCACAUGCAAUGAAACAGAUGAUAAAUGCCCAGAUAUAAUACCAGAUAUUGGGUUAACUGGUUCGGAAGUAUUAACACGAAAUGGUGACCUUAAAGAUGAAACAAUCAAUGAGAAGCUUGAUAAUCCAUUGACCACUCCACUUCUAUCCAAUCCAUGUCAACCUUCUUAUAAUAAUAGCAUCAAUUGUCAUUUAAUGGAAACUGGUCAUCAACUUAAUCAUUGGCGAUCAACAUGUAAUCCCAAUGCAGUUUCCAACCUUGUUAGUCCCACUUCACAAUCAAACAAUUUAACCAACUCAGGGUCAACACUUGAUAAUAAUGGUCAAAGUUUGUCAAUGAAAGGAAUCAUUAUCAACAACAAUAACAAUAACAGUAACAAUAAUGCUAAUAACAAUUGCAACAACACUGGUCAAUCAAAUUACUGUGGACCAAUCAACUCGACUAAUGCAAUUCAUUUAACGGAUUACAAUAGUUCAUCUUCAAUGAAAGUGCCUUUCUCCAAUCAUCCUUAUCUUCAUCAUCACCAAGCUCAUCAUACAAUCUCUCAAUCACCAAUUAAUCGUUUAUCCUCACAACAAUCAAUGACCAGUGAUUCUCCUAGUCUCUAUCAAUCUCAUAAUAAUAAUCAUUCACUGCAAUCAACGAUAACAAACAGUAACACUGUGACCAUAUUAACAUCAUCAUUAUCAUCUAAUCAACCCAUUGUAACAUCAUCCUCAUCAUCAUUAUCAUCAUUAACUGGAAACCCAACAGCCACUGUAACCACAACAGGAACAGCCCAAGGAUCCUCUUAUUAUUUGAACAACUUGACUUCACUCCAAGGAUCAGGAUCGACAGUGAAUAAUGCCAACUUACAUGCUGAUGUUUAUCCAGUCAACAACUUGUCUCACCAACCGCAACACUUUGCAACCCUUUCAUAUCCACGGCGAGUCCGGGUCUUACCUUCAAACACCUUUACCAUCAGAUCAACCGAUGAUAUCGACUCUCAUCAUCACACGGAUGUGUGAUGAAACAAUGUUCAACUUACCUUCCCAACAUUCAGAUUAACAUUGUUUUCACUUAUCAUUUUACUUUCCUACUAACUUGUCACAUGAACCAUUUGUGAUAAAAUAAUAAACUAUGAAAGUCACUUUUUUACAAAUUGAAUGUAUUAUAAUGAAAAUUGUAUAUUAAUAUUUACUUGACGAUUCAAAUUAUCACGAUAAUUGUGUAAAAUUAUUAAUCUCUUUUUCUUGCUUUCUUUCAUGUUCUAAUCUAUUUUGUAAACACUUCAUUCACAUAAUCAUUUUGAGUAAUUUCUGCCCAAUCUUAUGAUGCCGAUGAUUUCAAAGAAAAAUCACAAUUCUCUUGUAUUCUGUUUUGCUUUUUGGCCAUCAUCUUAUCAUAUUUUUCUGUCUCAUGAUAUUGUGAAUAAUUUGAAUCGAGAAACCCU